UUUCCUCCCCCAUUGUGAGCUGGGAUGGUACGGUCAGGAAUCACUGCCCUGCGGCUGUGGAUCAAACCAAAUUUCAGGAGUGGAGGACAAAUUAAAGGGGCACUAAGUUUUCUUAUCUCAUUCGAAUCUCUACAAGUACUGAACGGAACCAGGUGUGAGAAGAUCUCCAGGCUGAUGUUGAGUAACAAUGUCAGUCACUUUCUGUUUGGAUGACCUUGAAGUAGAAACACCUUGUGAUGAGCGUGAAGUGCACAAUUCCUUCAGCAGUGUUAUCCAUGAUGCAGAAAAUGAUGCGGCGAUGGAGCUACAACAACUUCACAAUGCAAAAGCAGAUGAUGACUGGACACAGAAUGAUCAGAGUGAUCAAUAUUCAGCCACCAUGAGAAUCCUGUCCAAUAUGCCAAGCCGAACAAUUGGGCGCUGUAGAGGAGCAGCUUUGUCUGAGUAUUAUAACCGCACUGUGAGGAAAAGAAGAGGAAAGAAACGUCCAUCCGUAUACAAUCUCCAGCGCACAGCCAGGCCAAGCCUGCGGUGUAGUGUGAGAGAGCAAGAAGCAGAGGAUGAACAACAGAGACUUUUAGUGUCUGAGCUUCAGAAAACAUCAGGAACCCAAAGGAGUCGUCUACUUAAGAGUUUUCCCUUGAGCCUUAACAUGAAGAGAGAGCUGAGACAGUUGACAAUGGAAGAUGAUGAUGCCUGGCGACAAAGGAGAUCAAAUACCUGUUGCAGCUGGUUACAUGACAACAUAAACAUGGCCUGUCACCAUUGCUGGAUGUCGUUUCUUGCUGGGCUUUAUGCACUUCGCCCCUGGCAUAUAUCACUGAAGCAAAUUGGGGGGCGGUUUGGAUCAAGUGUUCUUUCUUAUUUCCUGUUCCUGAAGACUCUCCUGGCUUUCAACAUCUUUUUAUGCCUGUUGUGCGUCCUGUUCAUUGUUACCCCACAGGCAAUUUACCCACAGAUGGAUCCUAAUCCACGAACCUUCACUGGUAUGGAGCUGCUCACGGGAGCUGGUUAUUUUUCAGGUACAGUCAUGUACUAUGGAUACUACAGUAAUGUUACUCUGAAUGACCGCUGUUCUGGAUAUAACAACAGCUCACUGUGCCCCAGUGGCAUUGCCUGGCUCCCCUACAAUAUGCCACUGGCGUAUCUGUUCAGUACAGCAGUCGCCUUACUGAGCACCUGCAUUAUCCUGGUUUAUAGGAUGUCACGGUCAUUUGGGGAAAGUUUUCGUGUUGGCUUUUUAUCUUGUGUUUUCGCUGUGAAGAUUUUCACUUGCUGGGACUUCAAAGUGACUCAAAACCGUUCAGUGCAAAGAGAAAAAGAGAAUGUUCACAUGCGGCUAAAGGAGUUGCUGAGUGAUCAAAUGCAAUGUGAAUCAUCUAAAGAAAUCAAGAAAAAGCUGCAGACAGUUUGUAUCCAUUUGCUGGCCUGGAUCCUGUGUGUGGCAAGCUGGCUAGGCUCAGCGUUGGCAAUGUUCCUCCUUUCAGAAUACCUGCAUAAGGAUUAUCGUGGGCGAAUGAGCUGGAGCGAAGAUCAUGUACUAGAGGCCAUGUUACUGCCAUUGCCAAUAGCUGUGUCUUCAUUUAACCUGGUGCUGCCCUAUAUGUACCGGGCACUAUCACAGUGGGAAAAGCUUAACUCACCAGUCCUGGAAGUAUAUGUUGCCAUCUGCAGGAAUCUAAUGCUGAAACUGGUGGUGCUUGGGGUUCUGUGUUAUCACUGGCUUGUGCAAAAGGCAAAACAUCUAGAGAAUAAAUGUUGGGAGACCUUUGUAGGACAAGAGCUAUAUCGCUUUAUAAUCAUGGACUUUGCAUUCACUAUCUUGGACACUCUAUUUGGCGAGUUACUUUGGAGGAUCAUCCUGCAGAAGUACCACAAAAGCAAAUGCCGACCUGAGUUUGAUAUUGCACGAAAUGUUCUAGAGCUAAUCUACGGUCAGACCUUGGUUUGGCUUGGUUUGCUUUUUUGCCCUCUUCUCCCAGUUGUUCAGAUAGUGAAGCUCCUGAUACUGUUUUAUAUUAAGAAGGCAAGUCUUUUGAGGAACUGCAAGUCUCCGAGCAAGCCCUGGAGAGCUUCUCACAUGAGUACCAUCUUCCUCAUUCUCCUCUGUUUUCCAUCUUUCCUGGGAGCUGCUAUAUUCCUCUCUUACACUAUGUGGUCGGUGAAGCCCUCAGACACCUGUGGUCCUUUUCGUUCUCUAGACACCAUGCAUGAAGCUGGGAAGAUUUAUGUACGGCAACUUGCAAAGUCCAACCCUCAGUUGGUUUGGCUAAACUGGAUCCAUCACUAUCUAGUGGAGAACACCUUCUUUAUAUUCUUGACAUCUGGAGUCCUGAUAAUUGUGAUUUACUUCUACUUUGAGGUUCUCAAUGGACAGCGGAAAAUUAUCAAUUUGCUCAAAGAACAGAUUGCAAAUGAAGGGGCGGACAAGUGCUUCCUGAUCAAGAGACUUCAUUCAGUGUAUGAGAAGAAGAGCAGAGCUCACAGUCAUCAGUCAGAGCCACUCACUCAACAACAUUUCAACUCUAGACAGACCUGACAAUGAUGAGAUGCAAAGGAGAACACAACAUUCUUAUUUUGGAUUGUUCAAAAUGUGCCAAAGUCUUAGCCUCGCUACUGCCAGUUCGGACAUUUUAAGGACAAUGAGCCAUCUCUGAGCAGCUUGUGUUUUUUAAUCACUUAAUUUAUCAAAUAAAAUUAUUUUUUUGCCAUAUAAA